AUGUUCUGUCCACCAGGCCUGAAGGUGUUAGUUGAUGGUGUGGUGUCUAUGCUAUGUUACUGCAGCAUCGCCGGCGAUAUUGGGGGCUCCAGGUUCAGGGAGUCCUCCCACGAGGUGAAGGGUUGUCCGGUGAAGAUUAUUGUUUGUCCAGAAAACCCAAAUAAUAACGUCUGUUUGAAAAUGAACGGUUUAGAAUCAGAUACAGAAGAAAUUAUAAUAGUUGUAUACGACGAUUAUGAAACUAGUACGAACGAAGAUAAUAAUUGGUCGUGUAUAGACGAUAUACCUUUACCAACGAAUAUUGAAAAAAUACUUGAUGAUCCCGAAGUUUUAUUCAUAAAUUUUGAUGGUGACAAUCUAGAAGACGAUGAUGAUCAAAACCUAAUCAAAUGGGAGGAUGACAGUCCAGAAGUACUUCAAGAGGAAUCUGUUGACUGUAAACGGGAAGAACAGAAGGAAUGUGAAGAGACCAUAGAAGAAGGACUUCAAGAGGAAUCUGUUGACUGUAAACAGGAAGAACAGGAGGAAUGUGAAGAGGCCAUAGAAGACUAUAAGGAAUUUGAGGAAGAAGGCGACUUUGACCAGCCGGAACAUAUUUAUAUCGAUGGAGGUCUCCUAUAUGUAGAACCAAUUUAUAAAUCAGAACGAACAAGUUCUGCUUCUGAACUGGCUCUGUGUAGUGUUUGUGGCAAACGCGUCAAAAUCAGAAGUAUGUCCAAACACAUGGCCUUCCAUGGAAAACACAGUUGUGAUAUUUGCUCAAAAUCGUUCAAAACUUUCGAAGAAUUUGAAAAACACAAACUGGAACAUUUGGAAAAUGAUCAUGCUUGUACCAGAUGUAACAUGAAGUUCAAUGAUACUCUAGAAUAUGUCUACCAUUGCUAUAAACACGACCAUGUGUAUAGUUGUGUGAUAUGUUCGUUUACAACUCAUAACAAGUCUUCUAUUAAGGGUCAUAUUCUGCGCCACGAAAAGAAAUACACUCAUUACUGCGACAUUUGUGGAAAAGGGUUUUUGGGCAAGACCUUGCUAGAUUCCCACAAAGAAGUUCAUCUGGAUAUCAAGAGGUACAGCUGUAGUAUAUGCGACAAAAAAUUCGCCGUGAAGAGAUACCUUCAAUCACACGUAAACCUUAACCAUCGGAAAGAGCUCUACGGAGACGACCAGCUCUUCCAAUGUGAGGUUUGCGGAAGAGAGUUUACUUUCUUGAAGAGUCUUCUUCGUCACCAAAGCAUCAUCCAUCACAUAGGCGAAGAUCGUACCGUGGAGUGCCCUGUCUGUCACAAGAUGAUUGCUAACGCUUAUAAUCUUAAGAUGCACAUGAGGAUUCAUACAGGGGAGAAAAAUUUCUGUUGUGAUCUUUGCGGGAAAGCUUUUUCGGCCCAUAAGUACUGGAAGAAGCAUAAGCAGCUCCACGAGAUGCAGAGUUCGAAAGAUCCAGGCGAUAUUGAAAAGAUCGAGGAUUUGGUGGAUUUCGGUGCUCUUUCAGAUAUGGAUGAUUUGGAAAUCGAUCAUGCUGACUUUAUCAUGGACAUUGAACAGUUAGACUAA